AUGGUAUCGUCUCUGGCUCUUCGAGAUUCAGCUUUUCGUGGGCCGGAACCUGACCCACCACUUUCGUGGGACCAGGAGAUCGUCCGCCUUCUAUCAGAUUUUAUGCCGGCGAAGCACCUAUUUCUCGAGGGGUCGAUUGCCAAAUUUCCCAACGAAGAAGGUCAUGGCCUAAGGAACCAUUCAGAUAUCACGUUCUACAAGAUAAGCCCUGGGGGUGCCCAAAUUGGCCACCUCAUCGAUCUACGCGCAACCAAACUCUCUGCCUUCAGAUACAUUGCCGGGGAUCAUCAAGAGCGUAUUGGCCAGGACUGGAAAGAUCCACUGAUCAAAAUUCUCGGUGAUCUGAAUUCAACUCAAGGAGAAUGUCUGAAAACGUUGUGUCUUGGCCUAUUUAACGCCCCGCGGGGAUACUCGGGGCUGGCGGUUCCUCCGUCAAUGGGAUUGCUACAAAGUUUGACACACCUGUUUAUUGACUCUGGCAAGAGCGACGCGAGAUGGAAGCACGAAGCCAUUAGGUCAUUCGCACUACCAAACCAUUACGCACAAAAUUUGUUUCACCUUCGCAUCACAGGGCCUCGCCAGGACCUCGAAAAUUGGAUAUCAUUCAUGCUCACUGAGGGCAAAGCAAGGUGGAAGCAUCUGAAAAUUUUUGGUAUCAACGAUGAGACAUUAUUCGAGCAAAACAGCCAGAGUCUUGAAUCAGUUGGAGUCAAACUCAUGCUUAUUGAUGAGAAUGGUGAUAUCAGGCUCUGGACCAAUGAGGGCGAUGAUCUGGAAGAGUUUAAGGACGACAAACGCCCAAGCCAAUAUUUGAGCAAAGUCCUCAAUUAG